AUGACCACUUCAUCCACCCUCCCGCACCUCAGCGUGCCACCUCACACUGUACCACAACUCUCCACAGACAGUGCAGAGUACAGCGAGGAUGACCUAAGUGCUCCUGAAUCAAAUCAGCUCAAUAUGAAUAACAGCAAUAACAAUGAAGAAGACGAGGAGAAGGAGAAGAAGGAAAAGGAAGAAAAAGAGGCAAAUAAAAAAGAAGAGAAAGAAACGGAAGAAAAAGAGGCAAAGGAAAAAGAAGAGAAAGAAACGGAAGAAAAAGAGGCAAAGGAAAAAGAAGAGAAGGAAAAGGAAGAAAAAGAGGCAAAGGAAAAAGAAGAGAAAGAAAAGGAAGAAAAAGAGGCAAAGGAAAAAGAAGAGAAAGAGAAACAAAAGGCAAAAGACAAGGAGAAGCCAAAAGAAGCAUUUAUCAUUAAUCCUGCAGGGAAUUUGUAUUACAACUGGCUGUUCAUCAUCACACUACCAGUCAUGUACAACUGGACCAUGAUCAUAGCCAGAGCUUGCUUUGAGGAGCUGCAGCAUACCUACAUCCUUUACUGGGUUAUUCUGGAUUACUCCUCAGACGUAAUCUACAUGGCAGAUAUUUUCUUCAAGACCAGAACAGGUUAUCUUGAACAAGGCCUGAUGGUGAAAGAUAAAAAGCUACUUCUUGACCGCUACUUCGCCACCUUCCAGUUUCGUCUGGAUUUUAUCUCCAUGCUGCCCACAGACGUCCUCUAUUUGUACUUCGGGCUUGACUACCCAGAGAUCCGCAUCAACAAGCUGCUGAGAAUUGGCCGCAUGUUGGAGUUCUUUACGAGGACGGAGACUAAAACCAACUACCCCAACCUCUUCCGAAUCGGAAACUUGAUCAUGUACAUCCUCAUUAUCAUCCACUGGAACGCUUGCUUCUACUACUCUUUCUCCAAAUACAUUGGUUUUGGUGCCGACGACUGGGUUUACCCGGCUCUGGAUGAUCCUGAAAAGCCUGAGUUUGGAGAGUUUGGAAGGAAGUAUUCGUUCAGCCUCUACUGGUCCACACUGACCCUGACUACCAUCGGAGAAACUCCACCACCAGCCCUGGACUCCGAAUUCUUCUUCCAUGUUGUGGACUUUUUAGUGGGGGUCUUGAUCUUUGCCACCAUUGUGGGAAACAUCGCCACCAUGAUCUCCAAUAUGAAUGCUGCCCAAGCUCAGUUUCAGUCCCGGAUUGACAACAUCAAGCAGUACAUGCAUGCCCGAAAGGUCAGCAUUGAACUCGAGUUGCGAGUCAUCAAGUGGUUUGACUAUCUGUGGAAUAACGGCAAGGCACAGAAUGAAAGAGAGGUGCUAAGGUAUCUUCCAGACAAGCUAAAGGCUGAGAUCGGCAUCCAAGUCCACAUGGAAACGCUCAAGAAAGUUCGAAUUUUUGCAGACUGUGAGGCAGGCCUACUGAUCGAGCUGGUACUCAAGCUGCAGCCACAGGUGUUCAGUCCCGGAGACUAUAUCUGCAAAAAGGGUGAUAUUGGCCGUGAGAUGUACAUCAUCAAAGAUGGGAAACUUGCUGUUGUUGCUGAUGAUGGUGUCACACAGUUUGUUGUGUUGGGAGACGGCAGCUAUUUUGGUGAGAUCAGUAUUCUCAAUAUUAAAGGCAGCAAAGCAGGCAACCGGCGAACAGCGAACAUCCGCAGCAUCGGUUACUCAGACCUCUUCUGCCUGUCCAAGGAUGACCUGAUGGAGUCACUGUUAGAGUACCCGGAUGCCAAAGGCAUGUUGGAGGACAAAGGGCGGGAGAUCCUGAUGAAAGAUGGUCUGAUAGAUUUGGACCCAGCUAACAUCAUGCCUGAGGCCAAGGAGCUGGAGGAGAAGGUCAACAAAUUGUACAACACGAUGGAGCUGAUGCAACUCAAGCUCAAGAAGAUUCUUGGAAAUUACAAGAACACUGACAAGGCUCUGAGACAUCGCAUCGCAGAUCUGGAGCACCUAACAGGAGAGGAGGUGGAAGACGAGAGUGAGGAGGAAGCAGAGGUGAAAAGGGAAGAGGAAGAGAAGGAAGGGGAGAAAAAGGAAGAAGAAGAAAAAGAAAAAGAAGAAGAAGAAGAAAAAGAUGAGGUGAUAAAACAAGAUGAAGAAGAAGGUAAAGAGGAAAAGAAGGGAGAGGAAAAAGAUGAGCAAGCAAAAGAUGGAAAGGGUGAAGAGGAGAAAAAAUAA